AAAAAAAAAAAAAAAAAAAAAAGUGUUCGCAUGCAGGGCAUGUAGCCUACCGUAGCUGGUAUCAAGCAACAGUAGCCUAGUCGAGUUUUCCCUGGUUAACCGCCCGCAGCCUAUCCACCCGCGGUGUGAGUAGGCUACCGGUAGUAGGUCUCCCGAGCUCAGGUGAUUCACCGGGCCGGCGUCAUGGGAGGGAAUUUGGGCUGUCACCGGUCUAUCCCCAAAGACCCCACCGACCUCAGCCUCAGCACGCGUAAAUUCAGCGCCGCCUGUAACUUCAGCCACAUCCUCGUAAACCAGGAGCGUCUGAACAUAAACACGGCCACCGAGGAGGAGCUGAUGACCCUACCGGGAGUGAACCGGACUGUCGCGCAGAACAUCGUGGAGUACCGCGAGUGCAUCGGAGGUUACAAAAAAGUGGAGGACCUGGCGCUCGUGAGCGGAAUUGGCGCCACCAAACUUGAGGUGAUCAAGCUGGAGAUCUGCGUGUCCAGCAAGAACGGCUCUUCGCAGCACUCGCCGUCCUCUCUACGGAAAGAUAACGAGCACUUGGCGUGCACCGGCAUGAACAUAAACACCGCGACUCCCGCUCAGCUGAUGAGCAUCCGCGGCAUCACGGAAAAAAUCGCUAAGAGCAUUGUGGACUACCGAUCCGUACACGGACCCUUUAAGAGCAUAGAGGAUCUGGUUAAGGUCAAUUACAUAAACUCCUCUCUUUUGGACAAACUCCGCUUUCAGGUGUUCGUAGAGCGGUCGAGAACACCCUCGACCAACACUAACGGGGGCUUUACGUGCAUGACCAAGUCCCAACCGAGUCCGACCUCCUACAGCAUGAAAAGCGAGGAGCUGGACUUGCCUCUCGGUGGCCCGUCUCAGAUCCUCUCGGCCCGGCCCACGGUGGAGGUGCCACCUCGGCUCCGGGACGGGAGAGCCGUGCUGCGAAUCGCCACCUGGAACUUGCAGCGUUGCUCCAGCGACAAGGCCAACAACCCCGGCGUCAAAGAGGUCGUUUGCAUGACUUUGCUGGAGAACGACAUUAAGAUACUUGCUGUCCAAGACUUGGUUGACGGGGACGCCCUAGACAAGUUCUGUGGAGAGCUGAAUCAGCCCAUCCUCUCCACGGUGAAGAAAUGGAGGGAACCUCGUGGUGUGUGGAAGUGCUGUGUGUCCGACACGCCAACUGGACAGUCUUCAAAGGGGGCGCACUACUCUGGCUUCCUCUGGGACAGCUCCUGCGGGAUCGAGCUGAGAGAGGCCGUCGUCCUGGAAAACCCCGUCACCAAUGGCAACGGGAAGCAUGGGCACUGUCUGCCCUACCUUGGACGCUUUUAUGUGGGCUCGUCAGAACUGACGCUUGUGAACGUGCACGUGCAAGCUCCAGAUGAGCUGAUUACGCAGAAUGGGCGGAGCCAAACCUCUAAUGGACAUAAAGCUCCUCCCCUCUCAGGAAAAAUUCAGGAGACACUUAAAGGAGAGAAGGAGGUUCUGGUGCUGGGGGACUUUGGGUCGGGGAGCGACGGGCUGGCUCUGGAGGCACUGCGGAAGGAGAGACUGACCCCCCUGCUGCCCCCCUCCCUCUACACCAACAUCAGCACCAGCAGCCCCCGCGGAUCACUCUGCCUCGACAACAUCUGGCUCAGCCGCACCCUCAAGAAGAUCUACACAGGGCACUGCUGUGUGGUACGCGAGGGCCUGACCAACCCCUGGAUCCCUGACAACUGGUCGUGGGGGGGUGUGGCGUCGGAUCACUGCCCCGUGGUUGCAGAGUUCUUCGUCGACAUCAUCCCCAAGGAGCCCGGUCGCCAUGGGAAUGGGAUCGCCAGCGUGGACAGGGGCGACAGCAUGCCCAAACACGAGCGGUGAUGACCCAGCCCUAGGGUUGCCAUAGGAGACGGCUCUGGCCAAUGGAGACCCUUGGAGUCAUUUCAUAGUGACUCUGUUUUUGGUUUUGUUUUUGCAGCCCAAUCCUCUCUAAUCACCCAUAACACACACACACACACACACACACACACACACACACAUACACACACACUUCUCCCAGUGGAAUAGCUUCCUUGUAUGGACUGAUUGUGGGGUGAAACUAAGACGAAGGAGUUUGAGAUUAAUGUGGAAAAAGCACCAAGAUUGCCUUUUCGGAUUCCUGCUUCCGUGUGCAAUACAGACUGCCAGGCUGUCGCUGGAUCGCCAAGAGAAUGUUCCGGCAGGCUGCAGCCUGAGAAAGAUGUUCAAGAAGAAAUCUAUUUAAACAGAAAUUAUAUAUCAACGCAUAUAUAAAAUCUAUAUAUCAGAGACUGUUUAUGAUGCGCGCCAAACUUACUUACUUAAUGAAAUGGAAGGAUUAGGAAUAGUUUAUUACCUUUUGAAUUAUUUUUUUCUUUUCUCUGAGCCUUCAGGUCUUACUGAGCUCCCGUACGGGAAGCUUUGAGGUGUUGAGAUUGCACAAGAUGAUCGCAGCUCUGGGAUGCUUUGAAGGACAAAAGCAGACAGACGCACAAGGAGCUUUUGAUCAUCACUGAAUAAUAAAUGAGUUUUCAUCAA